AUGAACUUCUUUCGUGAUAUACCGCUCAGUUCUAUUAUUCUCAACAAUCUAAACCCGGUCCUAUUCCAAGAAAUCAAGUCACGUCAGGCAGAAUUCAUGAAAGCAUUCAAUUCAGGCGAUGCAGCUGGUGCUGCUGCAUUGUAUGAUCCGGAAGGUUAUUUCAUGCCCAAUGGCAUUGAUCCGGUUAAAGGACGAGCAGGGAUUGAGUCGUACUUUAAACAGGAUAUGUCGGAAGGUGUUAAAAGUUGCCAGAUAAUAACAGAAGAAGUAAAUGGUAGUGGUGAUUGGGCAUUCGAACGUGGCAGUUAUCAUCUAAGUGGUACACGUGGGCCAGAAUCCGGUGCCUACUUGCAAAUCUGGAAGAAAGUGAACGGAAAAUGGCUUAUUCAUAAUGACUGCUUUAAUGUCAUUAAACCGGCAAAAAAAUAA